AUGGGUCGUCACUGCUUCUACGUUUACUAUGAUGGGGAACAGUAUUUCCAUGACUUGCAUGGGCUGUCCUAUAAAGGCGAGUCAGUGAAGCAGAAGUUCAUUGAGUUGAAAUGGGGAACACACUUGAGAAAAAUGCACCGGAAGAUAAUGGAAGCUCUACGGUUGGACAAGGAGUCACAUAAGAUAUCCAUUGUGUACCGUGCCCCCCAGAUACUUGUGAGUACUCAGGUUGUCUACAACUCAAAUCCGUUGGGUUGCGAUGCUGACGUGGACAUGAUGUGGGCAGUGAUUAAGCGGAACCCCCAGUUCAUAGCGUCCGACUUGUAUGUAACUGUUGAGGCUGUUGGGUUCCAUGGUAGUGCAAGUUCACAGCAUGCCAGUGGGGUGGAAGAGCCACACUCAUUGUCGGUUGACGUGCAUCCUCCCUUUGCCUAUGCCACGCCUUUCUCCUACAAUAAUCAACCAUGUAGUGCGGUUGAUCAUUUGGACAACACCAAAGUGGUGGGCGCCACCAAUACACAUGAUGUGGGAGGGUCUACUCACACAUAUGAGCAUGUCCAAGCUGAUAUGGACGGGGAAAUUGAUAUUGAUGCCAGCCGAGAUGUGUAUGAAGAGUUCAUUGAUACUGAUGGACCAGUGGACGACGCGGAGGUCUUAGAUGUACCACUGAUCGAAAAUAACGAGGAGGAUUGCCUUACAAUAGUUCCUAUCCCAGAAUGGUUCACAUCAAACACAUGGGACAAUAUUAAUGACCCAUCACCUGCAUUGGGUACAGGACAUCUUACAAGUUGGCAUAAAGGUGACCACCCAGCAAGGGGGAUGCUAUUCAAGAAUAAAGCCUCUGUUCAAUAUGUGUUGACCCUCUACUCUGUGGAGCAUAAUAAGCAAUACAAGGUCAUCAAGUCUGACACCAAUAGGCUGGUAGUGCGGUGUAAGAAUGAGGCAUGUCUGUGGUCAAUUCGGGCCAAUUGCAGCAAGAAGCACGGGAUGUGGGUUAUCAGUACAUGUAAGGGUCCCCAUAGUUGCUCAUCCCUCCAGCUACCAACUGAUGGGCGGAUGAUGGAUUCAAAGUUCAUCUCCAUUGCACUUGAGAAGUAUGUACGGGAAGACCUAACCCGAAAGGUAAGGGACUUGCGUAGUAUGUUGCAUGCAAGGCAUGGGCAUGAUGUAACUAUGUACAAGGUUUGGGAAGCCAAACAGAAGGCAGUUGCACGUAUUUACGGGGAUUUUGACAAGUCGUACGCAGAAUUGCCACGAUUUCUAGCUGCAUUGUCUGAUGCAAAUCCGGAUACUGUGACCACAUUAAAGUGUGACCCCCAUGUCCCGGGGACUUGUAUAUUCAACUCCGCGUUUUGGGCUUUCGGUCCGUGUAUUAGAGGGUUCAGGCAUUGCAAGCCAGUGAUAAGCAUAGAUGCAACGCACCUCUAUGGCAAGUACAAAGGAAAGCUGUUGAUAGCAAUGGCAAUAGAUGGUAACAACGAGGUUUAUCCACUCGCAUUUGCCGUUGUCGAAAGCGAGAGCACGGAGACAUGGGGAUGGUUCUUGGCAUGCCUGUUGACCUAUGUUACAGACCGCACCAAUUUGUGUAUAAUAUCCGACAGGCAUCGUGGGAUACAAUCAUGCUUCGAUGACACCACUAGGGGCUACUUGCAACCGCCCUUAACACAUCACCGGUAUUGCCUCCGCCAUUUAGUAAGCAAUGUUAACACUAACUUCAAUAGUGUGCCGUUGAAGAACUUGGUAUGGAACGCAGCAACUGCGAAUCAAGUUAGGAAGUUUGAGAACACCAUGGAUUGCAUCAAGAAUGUCAACCCGGCUGCGUACGACUAUCUUAAGGAGGUAAAUCAAGAAAAGUGGACACUUGUACAUGACCAUGGGCACCGAUAUGGGGCAAUGACAACCAACCUGUCAGAGUGUUUCAAUGGGGUACUUAAGGGCGCACGUAGCUUGCCCAUAACUGCAAUGGUGAAGUUUACAUUUUACAAGGUGAACUCAUACUUUGACGAAUGUCGAAACAAAACCCUAGAGAAGUUGGAAGAGGGGCAAGUGUGGUGCAAAUAUGCCUAUGACAAGUUCGAGGAAAAUCAAGAGAAGGUGAAGCUCCAUAUUGUUAGAAGGAUGAGUGCGCAACAACGGUUAUAUACAGUGGAGAUACAGUCUUCACUGUUGAACACUGGCGGGGGAGAUCACACCCAUAGGGUUUCCCUCAUAGACAUGACAUGCACGUGCGGCAAAUGGGAAGCAAACAAGAUCCCUUGUUCCCACUUGAUAGCAGUUUGUGCCAAACACAACCAUGAUGCCACUGAGUAUAUGCAUCAUUUCUACCGCCUUGAAGAACGGUAUCACAGCUAUGAGCCUAUAUUCCAACCACUAAAAGAUAGGUUAGAAUGGCCGGAGCCAGCAGAAAGGAGAACCGUGAUGCCAAACCAGCGGUUGAUCCGUGAGAAAGGUCGGCCAAAGUCCACGAGAAUCCGUAAUGAGAUGGAUGACGAGGAUAGGGAGUUGCCAACCUCAUUGUGGAUUGAGAAUGGACCAAAGUUGAAGUGUGGGUUGUGUCACCAAGAGGGUCAUAACCGUCGUACAUGUCCAACUCGAAAUGUGGCUUCAACAAGCCAUGGUGCUAUGUAG